AUGGGAUGUCGGCCUGCUUGUCUUGAUCUACAAAGCUCAAACGAUCCCUUCGGACUGCUGAGCAGCAAUUUCGGCACCGCUGAGGACUACCGUCAGAUCAUGAAGGGAAUACGGUACUUUUGCGCUCAAUGGCCAACCCGCGCUUUCCGCUGGAGUAAAGAAAAUAAUUGGAAUAAAGAAGCCGAUUUGGGUUUUUAUGAAUUGCUGGAGCACCGUUCGUUGCUGGAAGACGGCGUGCUACAUACGUUUCUUGCAAGAUCGCUGUCGCCGGCAGGAUUCGCAAACAUUUCACGACGAUUCGAGUCGGACUGGUUCGGGCGGAUUCGACCACUUGACCCGGUGGAGAAUCAAUCAGCUGUUACCCGCAUCCGCAAUACAUAUGAUGGCUACUUUCCACGCAAAAAUCUCCAGGCUCAAAAACGCUAUUUCUAUGCUGAGAAAUAUUUUCGGAUCGAUCACCCGCGAGGAGGCGUUACGGUGAUGCUUCGAGCCCGGGGCGCCCUGGUCUUCCAAGAGCUGAGGUUCGACGAACGGAUGGCGCGUGAAAAGCUGAGCCCGAAAACCUGCCCAAAAGAAUUCAGGGUGCGCGUGCAUCCAGUCUGGGCCUUCAUGUUUGAUGCGGAG